AUGAAAGAACCCCAACUCCCACCUCCAGAUAUCGCCCAGAUAUCUAAACCUUCAACAAGGGCAACCCGCUACCUAGUAAUCGGCGCUGGGUCCCGAGGAAACGCCUACGCCCGUGCUGUCACGAGAACAACCCCAGGAACUAUCCACGCCGUCGCCGAGCCGCACGCCUUCAAAAGGCGCGAGUUCGGCCGGAAUUAUAUCUGGGGUUCGGAGACACCCAUAGAGGGACAGGACUUUACAGAUUGGCGUGAGUGGGUGCAGUGGGAGACCGAGCGACGCAAGAUCAAAAAGAGCGACCACAACGAGGACCAGCAUGCAGUGCUGAAUCACCCACUCGGCGUAGAUGGCGUCUUCAUCUGCACAUUAGACGAAACACACGUCGAAAUCAUUCAAGCGAUCGCGCCGCUGAACUUACAUAUUCUCUGCGAGAAACCUCUGGCCCUCUCGUUGGAUGACUGUUUGACCGUUUACCGGACCCUCCAACCACCCCAGGGUCCAAAUGAGGCCGCUCUCGCCCCGAAAACGAUUUUCUCAAUUGGACAUGUCCUUCGUUAUAGUCCUCAUAACAAACUACUUCGCAAACUCCUACUCGAAGACCGUGUUAUCGGAGAUAUAGUCUCACUGGAACAUACGGAGCCAGUGGGCUGGUGGCAUUUCUCGCACAGCUAUGUCCGCGGGAACUGGCGUCGUGCAACAGCGAAAGGAGAUGGCUCUCUACUAACGAAAUCAUGCCAUGAUAUCGAUUUUAUUCUCUGGCUACUUUGUUCGCCUGUGUCAGCCGAGAACGCGCAAAACGAAGGCUUGAAUCCGCAUUUCCCACGGAGUAUCUCAUCAGCUGGGUCUUUGACGCAAUUCCGGCGGAAACGGAAACCGGUUCACGCGGGUGAUGCCACGAAUUGUCUUUCUUGUCCUGCUGAGAGGGAUUGCAAUUACAGUGCCGUGCGGAUAUAUGAUGAUCGACAUCUUGCGAAGGGACACACGGGGUGGCCGGUCGACAUUGUCUGUCCUGAUAUUGAAGAUGCGUAUCAGGGACAAGGUAUUCAUGCUGCGGAGGCACAGUUGCUUGCUAAAUUGGGCGAGGACUGGAAUAUCAAUACGCAUUCUGAUUCGGAGAUCGCGGCUCGACCUUGGUAUGGACGGUGUGUUUAUGAGGCUGAUAACGAUGUUGUGGAUGAUCAGGUUGUUACUGUUUCGUGGGAUGAUGAGACUGAGACGCCAUACCGGCUUGCGAAGACCGCUUCGUUCCAUAUGAUUGCACCUACGGAGAAACAAUGUGAACGAAGGGGACGGAUUUAUGGGACUUUGGGCGAGAUUGAGUAUGACAGUCAUCGCAUUUCAAUUUAUAACUUUGCUUCUGCGGAGACGACUGUUCAUAAUGUGCCGAAGCCGCCGCCUGAGAGGGCUGAGUCGCAUGGAGGUGGUGAUUAUGGACUUGCUGGACAGUAUGUGGCUGCUGUUGAGGCUGUGGUGAAUGGGGGUAUGGAUAUUCAGACUGCGCAGGCGAGAUUCGUAGGUUGUACGUUGGAGGAGGCGGUGCGAAGCCAUGCGGUUGUGUUUGCCGCUGAAGAGGCGAGGCGUGAGGAGCGGGUUGUGCGUUGGAGGGAAUGGUGGGAGGAGAAGUUGAGGGCUUCGGCUGCGAGCUUGGUGUGA